UGAAUCAUUUUUAUAUCCAUUUUGCUCUAUUCCGGUGUAUUUUGUUCCAGUUUAGAGGAUCUACUAUAGUUAAAACCUUUUUUUUUCGAGAACCGUAGCGUCCGGGCCAGCUUGCGCACACCUCGACUAAUUCCACGGGAUUCCCGCCACCUCCCACCAACAACCUGUAACAGGGAUCCAAAUCAUGUCAAGAGCUCAAACUUGUCAUCCUUUGGACCCUUUAUCUGCUGCUGAGAUCUCUGUGGCUGUAGCAACCGUUAGAGCUGCCGGUGAUACACCUGAGGUUAGAGAUGGCAUGCGGUUUGUUGAGGUGGUUCUGUUGGAACCAGAUAAAACUUUUGUUGCACUCGCAGAUGCCUAUUUCUUCCCACCUUUUCAAUCGUCAUUGAUGCCCAGAACCAAAGGAGGACUUCUUGUUCCUUCUAAACUUCCUCCAAGGCGAGCUAGACUUAUUGUUUACAAUAAGAAAACAAAUGAGACAAGCAUAUGGAUCGUUCAGCUAACUGAAGUACAUGCUAUUGCUCGAGGUGGACAACACAGGGGAAAAGUGAUUACAUCCAAAGUUGUUCCAGAUGUUCAACCACCUAUAGAUGCACAAGAGUAUGCUGACUGUGAAUCCGCGGUUAAAAAUUAUCCUCCUUUUAUUGAAGCAAUGAAGAAAAGGGGUAUUGAUGACAUGGACCUUGUGAUGGUUGACCCCUGGUGCGUUGGUUAUCACAGUGAAGCUGAUGCUCCUAGCCGCAGGCUUGCCAAACCACUGGUAUUCUGCAGAACAGAGAGCGACUGCCCAAUGGAAAAUGGAUAUGCGAGACCAGUUGAAGGAAUACAUGUGCUUGUUGAUGUGCAAAACAUGCAGGUGAUAGAGUUCGAAGACCGCAAAGUUGUACCUUUACCUCCAGCUGAUCCACUGAGGAAUUACACUGCUGGCGAGACAAGAGGAGGGGUUGAUCGAAGUGAUGUGAAACCCCUACAAAUUAUUCAGCCAGAGGGUCCAAGCUUUCGCGUCGAUGGGAACUACGUACAAUGGCAAAAGUGGAACUUCCGAGUAGGUUUCACCCCUAGGGAGGGUUUGGUUAUACACUCUGUGGCAUAUCUUGAUGGUAGCAGGGGUCGAAGAUCCAUAGCUCAUAGGUUGAGUUUUGUGGAGAUGGUUGUCCCCUAUGGAGAUCCAAAUGAUCCACAUUACAGAAAGAAUGCAUUUGAUGCAGGAGAAGAUGGCCUUGGAAAGAAUGCUCAUUCACUUAAGAGGGGAUGUGAUUGCUUGGGAUACAUAAAGUACUUCGAUGCCAAUUUUACAAAUUUCACCGGAGGAGUAGAAACUAUCGAAAAUUGUGUAUGUUUGCAUGAAGAAGAUCACGGGAUGCUUUGGAAGCAUCAAGAUUGGAGAACUGGCCUUGCUGAAGUUAGACGGUCUAGACGACUGACAGUUUCUUUUAUUUGCACUGUGGCCAAUUAUGAAUAUGGAUUCUACUGGCACUUUUACCAGGAUGGGAAAAUUGAAGCAGAAGUCAAACUCACAGGAAUUCUCAGUUUGGGAGCAUUGCAACCUGGAGAAUCUCGUAAAUAUGGAACCACAAUAACAUCAGGAUUGUAUGCACCUGUUCAUCAGCACUUCUUUGUUGCUCGUAUGAAUAUGGCUGUUGAUUGUAAGCCAGGAGAAGCACACAAUCAGAUUGCUGAAGUAAAUGUCAAAGUUGAAGAACCAGGGAAGGAAAAUGUUCACAAUAAUGCAUUCUAUGCUGAAGAAACACUGCUUAGGUCUGAAUUGCAAGCAAUGCGUGACUGUGAUCCUUUAUCUGCUCGUCAUUGGAUUGUUAGGAACACAAGAACAGCCAACAGAACAGGACAGCUAACAGGGUACAAGCUGGUACCUGGUCCGAACUGUUUGCCAUUGGCUGGUCCUGAGGCUAAGUUCUUGAGAAGAGCGGCAUUUUUGAAGCACAAUCUAUGGGUUACACAAUAUGCACCUGGAGAAGAUUUUCCUGGGGGAGAGUUCCCUAAUCAAAACCCACGUGUUGGUGAGGGAUUAGCUUCUUGGGUUAAGCAAGAUCGUUCUCUGGAAGAAAGUGAUAUCGUUCUCUGGUAUGUUUUUGGAAUCACGCAUGUUCCACGGUUGGAGGACUGGCCUAUUAUGCCUGUUGAACAUAUCGGCUUUAUGCUUCAGCCACACGGAUUCUUUAACUGCUCUCCCGCUGUAGAUGUACCUCCACCUCGGGGAUGUAACUCGCAAAGUAAAGACAAUGAUGUUUCAGAAAAUGGUGUAGCAAAGCCCACUACCCCUGGUUUGAUAGCCAAGCUUUGAAGAUUUUCUAAUUCAGAAAAUAGUCAUAUUAUCUGCACAUACACAAAAACACGCGAUCUUCAAUUUCUUUUUCCCUUUCAAUAAGUCCUGAAAAUUGGUGCUGCCACAUGGAUAUUGCUCAUGUGAAUGAUAUGUUGCAGCAAAGCAUGUCCUGUUCAUUGAUCUUAAACAUUCUUAUUUGGAAAUCUAAUAAUUCUCGCUUUCUUUGCAU